AUGGAUACCGAUAAAAUUAAGAUUUUUGGCGCUCGCGUUCGUGUAGAUGCCACUGGUAAAUUGGCCGAACUAGAAAGGGCAGAGCGAGAUAAAAUGAAGGAGAAGGUUGAAAAAAUAAAGUCUCAUGGGAUUAAUUGUUUUGUUAACCGCCAACUAAUCUAUAAUUGGCCAGAACAACUUUUUGCUGACUCUGGUAUUAUGUCGAUCGAGCAUGCUGACUUUGAUGGUAUUGAAAGGUUAGCACUAGUAACAGGUGGUGAAAUUGCAUCUACUUUCGACCACCCGGAACUCGUAAAAUUGGGGUAUUGUGAUCUUAUUGAAGAGAUUAUGAUUGGGGAAGACAAGGCAUGUUAUUUAGAAUAA